CGCAAAGAGGGCUUGUUUGCAGAGUAUGUAAAUAAAUGGCUCAAAAAUAAAACUGAAGCAUCGGGUUGGCCCAAGAAUUGUACCACAGAGGCAGCAAAGUCAGAGUACAUCAAUGCUUACUAUGAGCGUGAAGGGGUUCAGCUAGAGCCUGCAAAAGUGGCCAAAAAUGGGGGACGGAAACAAGUGGCCAAACUUAUGCUCAACAGGUAAUUAGAAUUAGAAUGUAAAGAUAGGACAAAGAUCUUCAAAGAAUCAUUGUUUGAUUUGUUUGCCUCUUUGUAUUUUCAGCUUCUGGGGCAAAUUCGGCGAGAAACCCAACAAGACUCAAACCUUUACCGUCACAAGUCCUGCAGAGCUAUAUGCAAUAAUAGAAGAU